AUGGACGAAAAAAGGGCAUCGUCCUGCUUAAGCCUUCUUUUUGCAGUUACAGUGUUUAUUCAUCUGAAGAGUUAUGGCGCUGCAGUCCAGGCUGGAGAUACUCUUUCCUUGGGUUCCUCACUUGCUGGAAAUCAGACAUUAAUUUCAAAGAAUGGCACUUUUGAAUUUGGAUUCUUCAGCCCAAAUGGGGGCAAUAACUGGUAUAUUGGAAUCUGGUAUGCCAAUAUAGCAGAGAAGACGAUUGUUUGGGUGGCUAACAGGGAGACUCCCGCCAGAAACAAGCCUGGCAUUUUGAAGCUGUCAAGACAAGGUAAACUGAGAUUGUUUGAUGCAGAGGGCGCGUCUAUUUGGUCAGUCAACAAAUCCAUCAAGGCAAGCCGGGCUGUGAUAUUAGAUUCUGGUAAUUUCUUAAUGCUGAGCAAUAACAAUAAACCAGAAACUGAGUGGCAGAGUUUCGACAAUCCCGUAGAUACAUUGCUGUCCGGGAUGAGAUUCGGUGGACAGCAAAAGCUAGUCUCUUGGAAAAAUUCAUUGGAUCCCGCUCUCGGGCUUUUCUCCUAUCACAUGGAUCCAUCAGGGGCCAAACGAUUGGUGCUAACAUGGAAUAAUUCUGUACAGUAUUGGAAGAGCGGAACUUGGGACGGCAAUACUUUCAGUGACAUUCCAGAAAUCCUAGUCGAAGGGCUCUAUAAUGUCAGCGUUGAAAGUAGCAGCUCCGGUUUGUAUGUCAGUUAUAAAUUGAUAACUAACAUCAAUGGGUUGUCGCGUGUUUUCCUAACGAAGUCCGGAGACUAUGGAAAUGCUUUGUAUGAUGGCAGUAAGUGGAACAUGUUCUGGUCUGUGCCUAGAGAUGAAUGUGCCGUAUAUGGUCUCUGUGGCGCUUAUGGAAUCUGCAACUCCUGCAACAAUCUUCAGUUCUGCAGCUGCGUGGAAGGCUUCACUCCCAAAGACAAUAAGGCCUGGGAUUCGAAAGAGUGGUGGUCCAAUGGCUGUGUUCACCAGAGACCGUUAAAUUGUGGUGCCAAAAAUGGUAGCACCGACGGAUUCAUCGACUCCAAUGCAAUGUUGCCCAAUGAUUACCCAUCAUCAUUCCCUGCACCCACAAAAAAUGAUUGCGAGAAAGCCUGCCUCGGCAACUGCUCUUGCACUGCUUAUAGUUUGAAUCCACUUUCAGGGUCCUGCCAAAUCUGGUCCGGACAUUUGUUAAACUUGCGCAGUUCUAGUCCAUCAAAAGUAAUUCAAAUGUUUUCAUUCGAGUAG